GCCCCAAAGAAGGCGCAGCUGCGCGGCUGGGAUGUGGGGGGCUUGCAGAUCACUGAAGACCACUUUGGCUGGGCCCCGCCAGAGUUUGAGGCCAAGAUGCCUGCUACUGCGGAGUGGGCUGCGCUGCAGUCAGGUGCAGCUGUGAAACCGGAGGGCGAGGCGGCGGAGGGCCAGGCGGCGGCGGGAGAGGGGAAGUGGGAGACGGAGGAGGGGGCAGACGAGGAGGAGGAUGUGACCGGGCUGCUGUGGACGAAGACCGGCGGCCGCGGCUGCCAGCUGGGGGUCACCCGCAGAGAGGGGGCCACGGUCAACUUUGUGGGCUUCAGGGACAAGGACUAUGAGUCCCUGUCUGAGUUCUUCCAGGCCUCCUACAGCACGCCCCUGCAGCAGCAGCAGCUGGCGGUGUCGGGCGGCAACUGGGGCAGCGUGUCGCUCAGGGGGUCCAGCCUCAAGAUGGCGCGCGACGGGAAGGUGCUGUUUGAGGUCCCACUGCCCGACGUCAGCCAGGCGCAGCAGGCCAAGGACGAGGUGAUGCUCGAAUUCCACGUCGACGACACCGCGGCGGACGACAAGGAGGACACCCUGGUCGAGAUGGCCUUCCACGUGCCGCCGGGCUGCAAGGACUGGGCGCCCGCCGCGCCGCCGCCGCCGGCGGACGGCGCAGACGGUGCGCCGCCGCCCGCCGCGGAGCCGGCGGCAAAGGUGAGCAUCCCCGUGCCGCGGCGGCAGCGCUGA